AUGUUUGUAGGCUUAGGUGUCUGGUUUGCGGCUUCUUGCUAAAUCAUGGAUAGGAUAAGUCAGUUGUCUGAUACUCUCCUAUUACGAAUACUGUCCGAACUGCCUACCGCUGAAGUUGUGGAGACUAUGGUUUUGUCAAAACGUUGGCUUCCUCUGUGGAAGUCAGUGCCACAUAUUGACUUCGACGACGAUAGCUAUGAAGAUAUUGAUACUGGAAGGUUUUCGCGCUUUGUUGACAGGUCUUUGAUUCUGCACAAGGCACCGAUUGAAACUUUGCAUUUCGAACUGACUCAAUCUUCUACUGUCGAUGAUAUUGGAGUAUGGAUUGAAAUGGCUGUUCAACGCCAUGUGCGAGACUUGAGUAUCUAUAUCGACUGUACUUCCAGUACAACUCCAGUUACAGUUCCAAGGAGUUUAUAUACAGGCUGUGGAAUGCUUGUGACCUUGAAACUAAAGAGUGUGACUCUUGCGGAUGCUUCUACCUUGCCUUCUUUCUCAACCCUCAAAUAUUUGUUCCUUUUAUUUGUGAAGUACCCCGGUGAGGAGUUUGUCAGGAGGCUUUUAUUCAGUUGUGGUGUUCUUGAACAUUUGGAUGUGGAACAAUGCUUUGAUGACAAUGUUACCAUUUUCACAGUUAAGGUUCCUUCCCUCAAGAGUGCAAUUUUGCGUAAAUCAAAAGAUAGAUACAUUGAUGAUGAAGAUGGAUUUGUGAUAGACGCUCCUUCUUUGGAGCUGUUGGAUGUUUAUAAUAGUACAGCCGGGUUUUGUACCAUUGAGAGUGCUAUGCCUAAUAUUGUUAAAGCAAAUGUUGUCGUUAAUCAUGGUCCUUCGGAAAUUCUGAGUGCUAUUACUUCAGUGAAGCGCCUUUAUUUAUGUUUGCUUGAUUCUUUUUUUUUUCUAUUGCAGGAUGCAUAUCCUGUUGGUAGUGUCUUCCCCCGUCUUGUGUGUUUAACAAUAUGCACAUCUGAGAUAGAAUGUUUCAAUCUACUUAUGUGUCUACUCAGAGAUUCCCCUAGUUUAAAAUCCCUCAAACUACAGCUUUUUUGCAUUCGGGAUCAAGGACAGCGCUCCUGUUGGAAUGAACCGAGUUCAGUUCCUGCAUGUCUGUUAUCGAGUCUUGAAACUUUUGAAUGGGUAAACUAUGAAGGCACCGAAGAAGAGAAAGAAGUAGUAGCAUUCAUAUUACGAAGUGGAAGAUGUUUGAAGAAGGUGAAUAUCUCCUCGGAAACCACUGACUCCGACAAGAAACUUGAGAUGCUUUAGGUGUUCACCUACCUGUCAGCUUACAUUCCUCUCAAGCCAUAAACACAAGUCCGAUCACAUAUAUGCUUAUUAAUGUUUUGGAUGUUUUUUUUUCAUAUUAUUUGAGUGUUUUGAAUUUCUUAUUGUUCCUUGCUUUAUUCUAUGCCUUGGAGCUCGUUAACAUGUCUUUGCUAUAUUAAAGUCUCCAGUUCUUGAAGUCUUUUCUUUAAAAGUUGAUGUGUUUCAUUUUAAUCCUCUAGACAUUGGGGUUUGAGUUAGAACCGCGGUUGAUUACGAACAUGUUCUUCAGCUAAAAUUUGACGAUUCUGCCAGUGAAGAUCCUAUCAGACUACCUAGGAGCUUUUAUACUUGUGAAACACUCAAUGUCCUAAAACUUACGAACGCAAGUCUUAUCGAUUUUUCUUCUUCUUCUUCAGUUUGUUUUCGAUCUCUAACGACCUUGCAUCUUCUAUCAGUGAAGUACUCAGAUGACAAGUCUUUUGAAACCCUUUUUUCCAGUUACUCUAGUCUUAAAGAUUUGGUGGUGAAAUGUUGUCCUGAUGACAAUACUUUAGUUUUCACAAUUAAGAUUCCGUCUACAAAGAUUAUCGCUGGAUAAUUCGUGAAAAGAUUCUCUAAUAAAUUAACUGUUUCGGGUUUGUGAUCAAUGCUCCUUCUUUGAAGUACUUAAAUCUCAUGGAUUAUCGCUGCUCUUUUUGUCGAACUGAAGAUAUAUGCCUGAGCUAGUUGAAACAGAUCUUGAUAUUGUUUAUGAUAAACUUGAUAAACUUUUGGGAGCUCUCACUUUCGUCAAGCAUCUUUCAAUAUGUUCAACCUAUUCCAGUGUCUUCUUUUCUCUUUAAUCAAAUAUGUUUUAAGUGUCUUUAGCACAAUUGAAAAUCAUCAUAGGUAGAGAUCACAUGUUGAACUGUGACCCUCACUCCUCAGGAUGAAACUAAUAUUAUAUAUUGUAGUUUUUGGACUUAUUAGGAGCUUUGGCCUAAAAGUUAAUGAUACUUACAUUCAAAAGGUUUCUUUUAUUUGAGCAGGCUCCCAU